UCCUAGACAUCUCCAACCAGAUGAUGCCGGUCUCAUUCCCCCAGAACCUCUUCAACAAAACCAUCUACCAACUCAUCUCCAAGAGCAAGUACACCACUAUCCUCGCGAGAAUCGUCAACGAGGACCCCGACCUCGUCGAUGCUCUUUACUUUUUUCGCCCCGACCGACCACGCAUUUCGCCAAAAUCCCCCAUCGUCGUCGUCGUCGUUGCCAUCACCAUCUCCCCAAGGAGCUCAUCCGCAGCCUCAUCAAGAUACCACUCCUCGCCAGAAAUCUAUUCCGCCGCGCGCAUCUUCCCCAGCCACACCCUACCCAGCUCUCGCUCGAGGAUCCUCUCCUCGGCACCAGAGAAGACAACAACACUACCGGUCUCCCGCAGCAUCUGACCGUGCGCGUCGGAUUCAGAGGCCUCGUUCUUAACUUCUAUAGCCGGAUCGUCGCAGCAGACAUCGUACGCCGGACUCCAAUACCUGCCGCGCCCGGCUGAAAUACCAACCACAUCGUGCCGCACCGCACGCUGUACUCCGACGUGCUCUACACGCCCCCACCGGCGCAAUCAAGCCCCUCGCCGCAAAGGGAGUCCCGCGUCUGGGUCUCUCCCCACGCUUCUCGAGCACCGGAAUCUCGCUGUUGAUGUGCGGCGCUGGGGGCCCUACGCUUCCUGGACGGGUAACGGGUACCGUCGGGUGGCGGUUGCGGUUGGGAACUUGCAUGUUUUGGGACCGUGUCU